UCUGUAGGCUUGUAUUACCGCAGAAAAAUCAAGGCUACUGACCCCGUGAGUGGUCUUUCACUUCCUACUGCGAAUACGGGUCGCAGUUUGGGAUGUGGCAGUGUUACCAAGGACUCUGGAAGUUCGUAUGCUCGGAAGGUCCAAUUGAUGAAUAUCAAUUCUACUCUGUGUGAUCCCACUCCGAGUUACCUAGUGAGUGCUGAAACUAAGUUGAUCAACAGCUCUAUCGAGCAAACUGAUCAGAAGAAGGAAGUAAUAAUAAUUCUUGAUUCGGAUGAUGAAGAUGAAAGCACAGCAGGAUACCAACAGCUGACUCCUGAGAAUGAAGAAAAGGUGACACCUGAGAAAAAACGACAGAUGACACCUGAGAAAAGCAAACAACUGAUACAAUCAGAAUGGACUGGUACGCUCACCACAUGUGCGGCAACAAAAGGAAUUGACGAAGUAAUUGAAACCACGCUUGGUCGAGACCAAAACAGUCGAAUUGCUCCAUAUGGUCAAAGUGCAGCUUUAAUGAACCGGUAUCCUUGGUCCAGCUAUCAACCAUCAGCUCAUUUUGAGAGAGUUAUAUUGCACGAAAGACCUGAAGAGGAACGUAAACAAGAUCUGGCUGCUGCUAGCCAUGCGGAGAGGAUAGCAGAAACAACAAAAAUUCUUUCUCUUCCUAAGGAGAGAGAACAACGGAAAUUGGACCUAUGCUCCCACGUAGAUGGAAAUGCUGAAACUGUGCCAAGAAAAAGAAAAAAUGAAGGAAAAAAUGAAGCAAAUCCAGCAGUACUUGAUUUGCCUUCAGAAACUUACAGCCCUGUGGAGGAGGAUGAGCCCAUGGAGGAAGAGGAUAAACAAGAAAGGGAAAGUGAUGGUCUGGAGGAUUUUUGGAACGACUUCUCACUGGCUAUCGAAAGCUCAAAGCUUGACACACUUGAAGAGGUAGCCAGUGCGAAAGAAGUGACUAAAAAAGAGGUGGACACCGACUGCAAUCAUGACAUACGGAUUCAUGAAGAUCUGGGCCAUGUAUGUCGUGUUUGCGGUAUGAUUGUGAGGAGGGCUGACACAAUCAUUGAUUAUCAGUGGAAAAAGGCAUCAAGGUCAAGAUCAUAUUUCUGUGAAACGCGUUCGAAGGAUGCUGAUGAGAUAGCCAUUGGUGAUGUUAGAGUCGCUGAAGAACACAUUGUGUUAGACAUUGCCAUCCAUCCAAGGCAUGCAAAGCACAUGAGACCACAUCAGUUGGCAGGUUUCCACUUUCUGGUUAAGAAUUUAGUCUCUGAGAAACCAGGAGGUUGCAUCCUAGCUCAUGCCCCUGGUUCGGGGAAAACAUUUAUGCUGAUAAGUUUCAUUCAGAGCUUCCUCGCAAAGUAUCCUUCUGCAAGGCCCCUUGUUAUACUUCCUAAAGGCAUAUUAGGUACAUGGAAGAGGGAAUUUCAACGGUGGCAAGUGGAGGACAUACCACUGUAUGAUUUCUAUUCUGUCAAGGCUGACAAGAGAGCAGACCAGUUGGAAAUCCUCAACUCUUGGCAAGCCAAAAUGAGCAUCCUAUUUCUUGGAUACACGCAGUUCUCGCAGAUAAUUUGUAGUGAUGGGGGUGGCACCGUUGCAGCUGCGUGCCGGGACAUGUUGCUUAUGGUCCCUAACCUACUGAUAAUGGAUGAGGGUCAUACACCUAGGAAUCGGGAGACUAAUGUGCUAGAAUCCCUGAGCAGAGUACAAACUCCCCGUAAGGUGGUCCUAUCUGGUACACUUUUCCAGAAUCAUGUCAGAGAAGUGUUCAACAUCUUGAACCUUGUACGGCCACAGUUUCUCAAGAUGGAACGUUCUCGUCCGAUCGUUAGACGUAUAAUGUGUCAAGUGGCAAUGUCAGGUAGCAGGAUUUCAAAAGCGGUUGCUGGCAAUGUAUUCACUGAGUCAGUAGAAGAGACCCUGCUGAAUGAUGAUAACUUUGUGAGAAAAUCACACGUCAUUAGAAGUCUCAGAGAACUAACAAAAGACGUGCUUCACUACUAUAAGGGUGACAUCUUAGAAGAACUACCUGGCCUAGUAGACUUCAGUGUCUUCCUGAAACUCAGUCCCAAGCAGAAACAAAUCGUUCAUAAGUUGGAAGCCUAUGAAAAUUUCAAAGGAAGCGCAGUCGGAGCUGCACUGUACAUGCAUCCUUGUCUGUCAGAAAUUUCAGAAGUUGCUGCUACAGAUAGGGCUAUCAACUCGACGGAUGCCACAAUUGAUAGUUUGGUCCAGUCUAGCAAUGUGACGGACGGUGUGAAGGCGAGAUUUUUCACUAACAUCCUGGUGCUUGCGAAUUCUGCAGGAGAGAAGGUGCUUGCUUUUGGUCAGUAUAUACUUCCCAUGAAGUUUUUGGAAAGGCUAUUGGUGAAGACAAAGGGCUGGCAUGUAGGCAAGGAGAUCUUUGUGAUCUCUGGUGAUACUAGUCCAGAAGAGAGAGAUCUGGCGAUGGAGCAGUUUAACAACUCUGCUGAUGCAAAAGUUCUGUUUGGUUCUAUCAAGGCAUGUGGGGAGGGUAUCUCCCUUGUGGGCGCAUCAAGAGUUGUGAUUUUAGAUGUUCACUUGAACCCGUCUGUUACCCGUCAAGCAAUUGGGCGAGCCUUCAGGCCUGGACAGCACAAGAAAGUGUUUGUGUACAGGCUUGUAGCUGCUGAUUCUCUAGAGGAAAACUUCCAUGAAACUGCAUUCAAGAAAGAAGUCAUACCAAAGCUGUGGUUUGAAUGGAGUGAGCAGCACUGCACGUCCGAAGAAGGCUUUAAGCUGAACAAUGUUGAUAUUGAUAACUGUGAGGACGAGUUACUGGACAACAAAACUAUGCGCCUGGAUAUCAAGGCUUUGUAUAGAAGGUGA